AUGGAAGAGUUCCUAGAUACUUACGUGUCAGUACAAGAAGGCCGGGUGACAGAUGCCCUGCUCCACCGUUCUUUAAAUUUUGCGAAGCCGCGCUCUUUUCGCGCCCUACACAGUCUGCGCUGGCGGCUACUUAUGGGUCUUCUCCCUGUAAAUGUGUCUGCCAGCACGUACAGUACGGAAUGGGCUAGAUACACACAGAAGGGUGUACAAGAAUGGAACACAAUGAAUGAUGCUCUGAUGAAGCGUAUUCAGACUGAUGAUUCCAGCCCAAAAAGAUCGGAGAAAAAGGGACGAUUUGGCGAAAGUGACUCUUCCGAUGAAGAAACGGAAGGAAGAGUUGUGGAGAAUCCACUGCUUCCGACAGCUGGAAGUUCCUAUGCUUUUCGGUACAAUAUUGACAAAAUACGGGCAACAGCGCAGAAGGACAUUGAUCGGCUCCACUGGGACUUGCCACUUUUUGAGCAGCCCACUACAAAGGAAACAUUGCUACUUAUUCUGGUAAACUACUGCCUGCGGCAUAACCGCGACUACAAACAGGGAAUGCAUGAGAUAGCAGCUUUCAUUCUUUACGUAAUCCACAAUGAUACGACUCUUGUUGAUGAACUUCAGGGAAAAAAUGAGGGAACUCAUACCUUGUUAUUUAGUACAUUCAGAUCCGUUUAUCCCGAGGAUGGCAAGACAGCACUAUCGUUUCAACUUUUUGAAAUUAUAAUGAAUGCACCUGGUAUGAACCUGUCACAAUGGUACUACACAGAUGACGAACAUGCGCCUGAUUCCAUAGUCAGUGCAGCUCAAAAGGUUCAAGGUGAAUGUUUGGCCAAGCUCGACCCAGCUCUGCAUCAACAAAUGAACACCAUAUAUGAAAUUGAAGGUACGUCGUAUUUGAUACGUUGGCUACGUCUGAUUUUUCUACGGGAGUUUUCCCUUGUUCAGUGUGCUGAUUUGUGGGAUUUGUUUUUGUGUGAAAAGUUUCUUGUGGGACAUGGCGAGUACCAUCUCAUCGAUAGCACCAUCACGAUGCUUGCAGCAUCCAUGCUGUUGUUUGUGAGGAACGAGCUCAUGGUGGGUUGCAUCGCCGCUCUAAAACGACUGAUGAAGUAUCCACCGGUAGAGGACGUAGGUGUUUUGGUGGAAAAAACUAUAUCCCAGAUAGACUCACAGAAGUCUGGCUUAGGCCGCUACUUCACUCCGUCACACCAUGUUUCUCUUGCGGAGCCUCAGUUGGUCUCGAAAUCGCUUGUAGAAUAUGCAUCCACACCUCCACCCACACUCUCUUUGAGAGAGGUGAUGCUCCAACAAGGGGUGAUUUUGACAUCCAUCAUUGAAGGCUUCGAGCGACAGUGUUUUCCAUCACCCAGUGUAUCACGUGAAGAAUCAGACGCCGUAAGAGAAAGCUACUUGCGCUCCAUUGCCCAGCUAAAGAAGGUGCGUGAUGUGCUGUUGCACCAAGAUGACGAUAGUGACCCGUAA